CCUGCAUGCAGUCAGACGCUCACACUUUCCAGAGACCUUCAUCAUCAGAAGACGCAGCGCUCUGAAUCAUCAGCCCUGAGGAGGGAAGAUUGAACCAGCCAGUAUCUGCAACAACAGAGCCGCUGGAGACAGAGGGAGCAGAUACCAAAGCAUCAGUCACAGAGAUAAAGAGACCCAGAGCACGGGAUACAUCACACUGUUUUUUUGAGAUACUGAUCAGAGAAUCAAGCUGGCAGCAGACGACACAAAAAGCUCGCUGGAGGAAGGAGAGGCCAACUCAGAGCAGGCCGAAAGAGGGCCAGACUCACCAGGGCCGAUGGUGCGAGUAGAACUGGAGUGGGACAUCCCGAUGUCGUUGACGCUGCCCAUAGAGGUGCAGCCCGACCCAGCCCAUCAACCGUUCCCCUUCUUAGACACAACACUGGCCGACCUGGGCAUCCAAGAGUCAGAGGUGAAGGAAAGAGUGGUGUGGGUCGACAACAAGAAGACCCAGGUCAAGAACAAGGCAGGGAAGCUGAAGGAAAAAGAGAUCACCAUCCUUGAGGUGAGAGUGAAAGCCCAGAAGCCUGGAGACAAACAGCUGCAGGAGGUGCUGUACAGCACCGAGGCCCACACUGACCGCUCCUUCUGCCGCACAGGAAUGAACAUCCUGCCCUGGAAACACACUUCUACAGGAGAGGAUGGACUGACACCAGUGCAGAUGACUAUGGCGUUGGAAGACCAGCAGCCAGACUCUACCAACGCUCAGGGGCAACGGGAGAUCUGAAGAGCGACGAAAAGUCCCCAUCAUUAUUCCACGGCAAAGCACAUUUCUAACUCCUUUUUGAAUCCACGAGGCGACUUUGCAUUAGUUUACAGGAUUGUAAGUGUUGCAUGGUGAAACAUGCCAGCACUUUAACAUUGUGCUUAAUUUUGUAGAAAUUGUAAAAAGAAAUCUCUUGCACUUGUAAAUUAGUGUUGUAUGUUACUACUAGUUUUAAGGAGAAAUAAUAAUAAUA